CAUAUACACGGUUUAUAGAAAUAGUGAUAAAACAUCACCUUCCAGAUAGCAUAGGUAAUGAACUUAUUAGUUGGUUUAACGACUACAAGAUGGAUCCAAAUGUAGUUCUGCUUACCAGUAUGAAGCAAGGUUGA